GCACUCACAUUAAUGAAGAAGGCAUCCCUUUUUGAGUGUGAUGCUUGUCAUGAGGAAGCGAAAGACUCUUCAUAUGUUUGCACCACCUGUGACUUCUGCAUCCACAAGACUUGUGCCUUUUCACCCUUGAUUAUUCCGUCGCCUACUUAUCACCAUCACCCUCUCACUCUCGUCUACUCUGUUCCUGACAUUCAUCUAUGCUUUAAGCAAUACUGUGGUAUCUGCCGCCAAUCUGUUUACCGCAGCUGCUGGGUGUAUUAUUGCCACAAGUGCACAUAUUUUGUGCACAUGAAAUGUUCUACAUCCACAAUAUUCAUGGUAAAUGGGAAUGAAUCGGAUGACAUUGAUAAUGAACCUGAUCUGGUGCUAUUUCCUCUGCCUAGCCAGGAAUCAAUAUUUGAUCUCAUUGUGACUCAGUGUUGCAAGUCCCAACUCAACUUUAAAGGUGAAGGUGAAAUCAGUAUUACUAUGUCAGUAAAAUCUGAUGAUCCACACAUUAUUGAAAAACACUGGAGUCACCAGAUGCAUCCAUUACAACUGCUCCAGUUUACUAUCUGUGAGAACGAUAGCGGCGACAGUGAUGAUGAUGAUAAGAGAGAGCUGAUAUGCAACGGGUGUAUUCAACCUAUAACCGUUUCCCAUCCCUCUUACUAUGCUUGUAUCCAGUGUGGUUUCUUUCUCCAUUCUUUUUGUGCGACUAUGUUGCCACAAGAGUUGCCUGUAGGAGCAUCGCAUUUUCACCCCGACCAUUCUCUCGUGCUUCAGAUGAAGGAUAACUUGUAUGAUGUUGUGCGUUGUGGAGUUUGCAACAUUUUGACAAAUGGAUUCUACUAUCACUGUCAGGAUUAUGAUAUCUGUGUUGAUAUCCGUUGUGCAUUCUUACCGACCAGAAUAAAAUACAAAUCUCACAAGCAUCACUCCCUUGUUCAGCGGCCAUCUUCGAAUUCUACCUGCAGUGUAACCACGAAUCAAAAUGAUGUUGGGGUGGAAUAUGCAUGUGAAACCUGCAGUACUUUCCAGAUCCAUAUAUUUUGUGCAAUUUUACCAAGUAAGAUGGAACACAAAUAUGAUGAUCACCCCUUGACCUUGAGAGUUCCACCAUUCUUCUACGAAGGAGCAUUCUACUGUGAAAUAUGUGAGGAACGAGUUAACAACCAGGAGUUGCUCUACCAUUGCAGUGAAUCUGAACAUUCUUAUCACUAUUAUUGCGGGUUUUUGCUCAACAAUGUCAAGUUAGGAGGGACAAUUAAGUUCAUUAUUGCGGAUAAACCACACACACUUGCAUUAGUUUUGAAGAGUCCUACAAGAAAGACGUCCUCAUUCACUUGUUCCCUGUGCUUCGGUUUUAUGAAUACCCUCAGUUUAUUUUUCGAAUGUGAUGGCUGUGGACUUCUCGCAUGCUUGCGCUGUGCACUCUCAGGCCAGUUGCAACAGAUUGCACUGAAAUGAAAUUCAAUACUUCCUUCGAAUGUUCAUUAUUCUGUUCAUUUGGUUUAUUUUUU